AUGCCUCGCUACAAAGAAGGAGACAAAGUUAGUUACAAACCGGUGGGCGGCGCCCAAUCUAGGACUAGCACGAGCACCGGACUCAUUCUUGAAAACUUGGGGGGCCGUAGCUCGUCAGACGAUGAGCCACGCUAUAAAAUCGAGAACAUGCACACCCACAAGAGCUCCAAUAUCAAGGAGGGAAACAUUGAGGGACCGGCGGAGUAA